AUGACCGACGAAACGAUCGCCGAGCUGAACCAGUGGUUUGGGUCAGCAGGCAAGGACCUCGAGGCCGAUAUCGUCGCCGAGUUGAAGUCCAUCAUGCGCAUGCACCAGCUGUCCGUUCAGGACCUCUUCUUCAAAUGGGAGUCAUACGGCAUGAAAAUUGGUAUGGAUGACUUCAAGGUCACCAUCGACACCCUCCGCGCAUUCAAGCAGAACCUCCAAGACGAACUUGAGAGGAGUAGUCGGUCGCGUGUGCACAUCAAGACGGAGAAGCGAGCCGGCGCAACUCCUCGGACGGGCAAGAGCGGCGAUGUAUUUGGAAUGCUGGAUGGGCUUGCCACGCCGGGACCGGGAAGAUCUAGGCCAGCAGCGAAGAGGACGCCAGCAAUAUCCCGUGCAAUGGCUGAGCCAACAAGCUCGCCCCUGGGAGUCGAGGACCAGCUCAACGCCAUGGGCGUACUCCCCCCAUCAUCCUUCAGUGACCGACCGAAUCCCGGCGAAGUCCUUGAGAUCCUGAACGAGCAACUCGAAGCCGCCGAACCACCCAUCUCCCCCUUCAGCGAAUCCCGUAUCAAGCUUACCGCUGCGUCAGACCAGAAAAAGCUCGGGUACAAGGGUCUUGCCAUGAAACUGUCUGAGGCAUCCGAAAUCCUAGAUGACAGGAUAGAGGACUUUAUCGGGCUAGUCAUGGAGCAUCACAAGUUGGAGGACUCGGCGUUCGGAAGCCCAGCCAGCCAAGGCACCUCCGAGAUCGUUGCCGUUGGACGAAUCGCGUCAGACUCGCUCGAAGGCAAGCUCAAUGCCGCGUCACUAGUAUUGGAAAGCUCCAGGAGGUUGGGCAACGGGUUGCGUGUACCCCUGAAUCUCGGCAAACUCAAGGGCUACCAAUUCUUCCCCGGCCAGAUCGUUGCUCUCAGGGGCAUCAACUCCUCGGGCCGCGAAUUUACCGUCCACGAGGUCCUCGACAUUCCCCUCCUUCCUAACGCUGCCUCCAGUCCCGACGCUUUCCUUGCCCACCUGCAACGGCUCCGCGGCGGCCCGGACGCGAUGGAUUCAGAUGACAACCCCACCUCCCCCCUCACCAUUCUCUUUGCGUCCGGGCCCUAUACCGCAGACGACAACCUUGGUUUCGAGCCCCUCCACGUGCUCUGCAGCGAAGCAGCCGACACCUACGUCGACGCGCUGGUUCUCACGGGCCCCUUCAUCGACAUGGAACACCCACUCAUCGCCUACGGCGACUUCGACCUGCCCCCGGAAGCGACCUACGACCCGGACACGCCCACCAUGGCUACCGUCUUCAAAUACUUCAUCUCGCCCGCCCUCAACCGUCUCGUCGCGGCCAACCCGACCGUCACCAUCCUGCUCGUCCCCUCGGUGCGCGACGUGCUCAAUAAGCAUGUCUCGUGGCCGCAGGACGCCUUCCCGCGAGCGCAGCUGGGCCUGCCCAAGACGGCGCGCAUCAUCGGGAACCCCAUGACGCUGAGCAUGAACGAGAUGGUCGUCGGCGUCAGCAGCCAGGAUGUGUUGUUUGAGCUGAGGCACGAGGAGAUCUUGGGCGGCGCGAGGACAGGGCUAGAUGCGCUGUCGAGGGUGAGUCGGUAUCUGAUUGAGCAGAGGCAUUUCUUCCCGCUGUUUCCGUCGGCCGAUCGGAAGAGGCUGCCCAAGACGGGCGCCGUAGACGGUGGGAGUGAGGGCGUGCCGCCUGGUGCGAUGCUCGAUGUGAGUUACUUGAAGCUGGGAGAAAUGGUCAAUGUCAGGCCGGAUGUGUUGGUGGUGCCGAGUGCGCUGCCGCCGUUUGCAAAGGUUGUGGAGAGUGUCCUCGUCAUCAACCCUGGGUUUCUCUCCAAGCGGAAGGCAGCGGGCACAUAUGCAAAGAUGACGCUUUAUCCGCCGUCCAAGGAGGACAUUGCGAGCGGUGGAAUGGUCGCGCACAAGAUAUUCGAGAGGGCGAGGGUGGAAAUAACGAGAAUCUGA